GAUUGAAUCAUUUCUAAUAAGUGGAUAGUAAAGUACUUUAGAGAGGCUUAACUGUCAUAAAAAUGUGUAUUCAUUUGAAUUGCAUUAUAACAUGGAUGACUCAAAAGAGCACUGAGAUUUUGAUUUUAUAUGAGUUAAUCUUAUACUUCAUUCAAAACUGUUUAAUUUGUAGCCAUGUAUCUAAUGUAUAACAAACUCCUGUUCAUAGAGCUGAUGAUGGCUAUGUCCAGCAGUUUGACAGUAACGUGAUUGUUCUACACAGCAACAAAAGAACCCUGCGUCAACCAAUGGUCACACAUAUCAGAAAAAAAGAAGCUUCUGUCACAGCAGAGGCUAAGAGCUCCCAAAUUAGAACUGUAUUUUCCAGCUGGAAGUUAGUCAUUUAAUCAAUGGUUACUGCAAUCUACUACCUAUCAACUUCAACACAAUCCCUGUAUUUGAAAAACUUAGUUUCCUGUUGAUACAGAAUGUAUACUAAUAACUAAUAUACAGUAGGCCAAAUACUGUAAUAAAAUAUCUGUAAGAUGCUGUGAAAUGCAGGGUGAAAGCAAUAAAAUUUCUCCUUGGAGAUGGGGAAGGCUUCAGGAAAUCAGGAAAUCUUCACAGACAAGGAUAUAUUCAACUGAGGUCUUGAAGGGUAGGCAGGAAGUUGUCAUUUUAAGAAGAACAAAGGGCACCCAAACAAGAUAUACAGUAGUUCGAAAGGUAUGAGGAGAUGCGAAAGACCAUGAGGUAUCGAGCCUAUUGGGAUUAACCAAAGUUAUUAGAGGAGAGAGAUUUUUUUUAAGGAGUUUCAAUUUAAGGGCCCUGUUAUGAAGGAUCUUGUAUUCUAUGUGUGAGCACAUUAUUGGUGCUCAAUAUUUAGUGUUGACUGAAAAAAAAUGAAAGAGUGCUCAAAAGCAAUGAGAAUCUAUCAAAAUGUUUUAAGCUGGGGAGUGACUUGAUUAGAUGUCAUUUUAAAUGAAUUAGAGAAGAAAAAGUGUGAAAAGUAGGAGACUUCUGAGGAACCUAGUGUAGCUCUUGAGACGAGGGAGGAAGUUGUGAUCCUAGAUAAGUUAAACGGUUUGCUCAAGGGCUCAGCUGGUGAGUAGCAAAACUGGCUACUCAUUAUUCACCACCUAAAAUUUGAGAUAUCUAUAAGAGGAUUUCCAUUGUCAUGAUGCAGUUGGAAACUGUGAGCAGGUCUAACUGGCUAAUAACGUUUCAGGAUGUUUGCAUCUCGUAGUUGUUGUUUUUUUUUGUUUUUUUUUUUUUAGGGAGACAUCAUUUGAACAUUGGUAUAUUAACAAUUAAUGUGACUUGCAAAUCAGCAAACCAAAGCAACGUCCAGAGGCUGAUAAGCUGGUUUUUCUUUAAUUUUGCGUAUUUUUUUCAUAAGGAGAUCUCAUUUUGUUUGAGACUGGAUAUAGUUGAAAUCAAACCACACACCAAGAGGGUAUGAUGGAUAAGAAGCCCCCAAAACCAGCUCCUCGCAGGAUCUUCCAAGAAAGGUUAAAGAUUACUGCUCUACCUUUGUACUUUGAAGGUUUUUUGUUAGUCAAGAGGUCAGAAUACCAGGAGUAUAAACAUUACUGGACAGAGUUGAGAGGAACUACACUUUUUUUUUAUUCUGACAAAAAAAGUCCAACAUAUGUUGACAAGUUAGACAUAAUAGACCUCACAUGCCUUACUGACCAGAAUUCAACCGAAAAGAAUUGCGCAAAAUUCACCCUUGUUUUACCAAAAGAGGAAGUGCAACUGAAGACAGAAAACACAGAAAGUGGGGAAGAGUGGAGAGGCUUCAUUCUUACAGUAACAGAGCUGUCAGUUCCCCUACACGUGUCACUCCUUCCUGGGCAAGUAAUUCGACUGCAAGAAGUCCUAGAGAGAGAGAAAAGGAGGAGGAUUGAGACAGAGCGGAUACCGAGUUCAGCUAUAGAAAAGGAGCAGGAACCUACUGAAGAUUAUGUGGAUGUACUGAACCCUAUGCCAGUAUGUUUUUAUGCGGUGUCCCGGAAAGAAGCAAUCGAGAUGCUUGAGAAGAACCCUUCUUUGGGAAAUAUGAUCCUGAGGCCUGGUAGUGACAGCAAAAACUAUUCCAUCACUAUCCGGCAGGGGAUAGACAUGCCAAGAAUCAAGCACUACAAAGUGAUGAGUGUAGGAAAAAACUACACCAUUGAACUGGAAAAACCUGUAACACUCCCAAACCUGUUCAGCGUCAUUGAUUAUUUCAUGAAGGAGACUCGAGGAAAUUUACGACCAUUUAUAUAUUCAACUGAUGAACGCCUUGAGACCAAAGGAUUUCCUGUAUGAUCUCUAAAACUGAAAAAAAAUGUUUAGGGUGGCGGGGAUUGUGACAUAAUUGCUUCAUGUCAGUUAUCUAAUACUGUGUAACAAACUACCCUAAAAUAUGGUAGUUAAGUCAGUAACCAUUUUAUUCACAAUUCUGUGCUUUGGCAAUUUGGAUUGGAUUCAGCUGGGCAGUUCUUCGCUAGUCUCACUUGCUGUCACUUACACAAUGGUAAUUAGCUGGUGGCCUGCCUGGGGCUGUAUGUUUCAAGUUGGCAUCAUUCACACAUCUGAUGCUGGUGGUCAGCUGUAUCUGGCUGAACCACUCUUUUCACAUAUUCUCUAAUAAUUGAGUUAGCUCAAGCACUCCCACACAGAUCUCGGACCUGUUAAGAAAAGGAUAGCUCAAAUCCUUGGGCUAGAAAUUCUUGGUGUUAAGAAUCAAGUAUGGCCCUGUUGGAGGUUUUAGUAUGGCAGAAACUGUGAAUUAAGUAAAUAAAUCCGAGAGUGAAGUGUCUUAUGUACAGGGGCUGUACAUCUUUCUUUUUUAAAAAUUUAAUUUACAUGCAAUAAAAUUCACUUUUUGGUGUA